UCCGAGCUUCCGUCGUCGGGCCCACCGGCCAGCGCACAGAGGCCCCACAGCAUGUGGGAACUGCGGUCCAUAGCCUUCUCCAGGGCGGUGUUCGCCGAGUUCCUGGCCACGCUGCUCUUCGUCUUCUUCGGCCUCGGCGCAGCCCUCAACUGGCCGCAGGCCCUGCCGUCCGUGCUGCAGAUCGCCAUGGCCUUCGGCCUGGGCAUCGGCACCCUGGUGCAGGCCCUGGGCCACGUGAGCGGGGCCCACAUCAACCCGGCCGUGACGGUGGCCUGCCUGGUGGGCUGCCACGUGUCCUUUCUCCGGGCUGCCUUCUACGUGGCCGCGCAGCUGCUGGGGGCCGUGGCAGGGGCGGCUCUGCUCCACGAGAUCACGCCACCGCACGUUCGAGGGGACCUGGCUGUCAACGCACUCAGCAACAAUACAACAGCUGGCCAGGCUGUCACCGUGGAGCUUUUCCUGACCCUGCAGUUGGUGCUCUGCAUCUUCGCUUCCACGGAUGAACGGCGUGGAGACAACCUGGGCACCCCUGCCCUCUCCAUCGGUUUCUCUGUGGCCCUGGGCCACCUCCUUGGGAUCCACUACACCGGCUGCUCCAUGAAUCCGGCCCGCUCCCUGGCUCCUGCUGUUGUCACCGGCAAGUUUGACGACCACUGGGUCUUCUGGAUCGGACCCCUGGUGGGCGCCAUCCUGGGCUCCCUCCUCUACAACUACGUGCUGUUCCCGCCCGCCAAGAGCCUGGCCGAGCGCCUGGCGGUGCUCAAGGGGCUGGAGCCCGACGCCGACUGGGAGGAGCGCGAGGUGCGCCGGCGACAGUCGGUGGAGCUGCACUCGCCGCAGAGCCUGCCCCGGGGCAGCAAGGCCUGAGCCGCCGCCGCCCCCACCCCCAGCCCCGGCCCCGGGGGGCUCCAGCGACCGCGGGCCCGCCGCCCACCUCGCCCCCCUCCCCGGUCCCAGCGCCCCGGGAGCCGCUGCCAGGGCGGCGGGUGGCGCUGAGCCCCGCAGGCUGCGCGCUGUCCGCGGUCCCACCCUCUGGCCCCCGCAGGGAGCUGGACCCUUGGGGAGCGAGGCCAGCAGGCAGAGGACCUGGGAACCCGCGGCGGGUUUUUGCGAGCGUGGGCGCGUGUGUGCAGAAGUGUGUUCCUCCCCAGUGCCUCUGUGUCCCCAGGUGCGCGGUUGUGCAUACUCCUGGGGGCCAGUGGCUGUGCCUGUGGCGGGCGAGUGCGCCCCCCCACCCCCAACCUCCACUCCCCUCUCCACCAGAUCCUCCCCAGCGCAAUAAAUCUGCUUCCUCUGCAGUCACAUCCUCCCCAGGAGCUCUGAGAGAGUGCUCCCUGCGACAAGGAAGGGGAGGGCCUGGAGGCCGCUUGGAGAGCCCGGAUUGCCACCCCCUACCCUGCCUCUGCUGGAAAAUUCCCCCAAGCCGCAGCCCUAAGGUUUGCCAGCAUCCACUGCUAGAGACAGAAAAGUAUCAACCGGAGAAUGGCUUCUCCAGAAGUGGCCUCUGGAAAAAGGGAGGGUUGGGUGGCCCAGGACCUCCCUUCUGCCCGGAGGGAAGACCUCUUCAAAAAAGGAAGCCCGCAUAUGUGUGUGUGUGCCUGUAUGUGUGUGUAUAUGUCCCACACGUGUGCAUGAGACCCCCCCCCAUCUCCAGGGGGCUCCGGACCCAGAGAUUAGCCUGUGGCAGAGCAAACAAAGCCCUCUAUGGGCCCCACGGCCUUUGUCUUGGGAGAGGGCGAGAUUUGCAACUGGACACUUGGUGAAAGGAGACACUCCGGUUCGCAAGUGAGGCCUCCCUCCCGGCUGUACCCAUGGUCGGCUGGUCGAGGUGGUCAGGCACGCAACCGCAGGCCUCACUCUCUCUUCCUCUCCCUCCCUUCAGGUUUCCUUCCACCGCACUUCAGUUACUGGGGUGGGGGAGAGCAGCCUAGCGCACUCUCAGGACCACAGAAGGGAAAUGACUUGUCCAGGCAGUGGCAGGUCUGUGGCUAGAGCCUGGGCUUCUAAAUUUCCAGGCCAGUGGAAUGGUUCUCAAAUGAGAUUAAGUGGGAUUAAGUGAGAUGAUGCAUGUAAAGAUGCUGCGUGAACUGUAAUUCCUCAUACCAUUAGCACGUGUUAUUGGGAUUAUUUCAUUAUUUCGGCUUCCUGUUGGUAGAACACUGAGGGUCCUGAUCCUCAGCCUCUUUUACCUUUAGUUGGUGGCCAGUGCAAAGGACAGCCCUGGGAACCCAGGCAGAAGGGGAUGGGUUUGAGGCUGACCCCAUCCUGGUCCAGCCUCUUAACCUCUCUUGGCCCUGAGCGCCCCUCGCUGUUCCCCCACUUUCUUCCUCCCAUCACCCAGACCACGCGUCCUCUCCCUCCCCCUCCAGUCUGCUGCAUAGCUAACCUGAGAAUCACAACUUGAGCCCCCUUCUCCAUGCACUGCUGCCUCCGUGCUUUCCAGGCUUUUAACCAUGUCUGUCUCACACUACACCAGGCACCCUCUGUGUACCCGAGUCUCCAGCCCCUUCCCGCCCUCCAGCCCUUCAGAGAUGGACCAUGUAUGAGGAACAUCCCUGUGAUUGUGCCCACCUCCUUAUCUAUGGGUUUUUUUUUUUUUUCUGUCUUGCUUGACCAAUGCUCCCUCUGGAGUCAGAAAAAGGCUGCCUUGGCCCAUAGGUGCUAUGGAGAUGGUGGUCCCAAACCCCCGACAGCUGGUGACAGCCACCUGGCCUCACUCCCAGAGGAGGGGUUGUAUCAGAGACCAAAGUGACCCCUGGGGCGGUACUUUGAACUGCUCUGGCAGUUCAAAGGCAGCAAGGCAUUGAGCUGUGAACCAAGCCUGGAUGUGUCUCAGGCACUUCAUCCCCACCCCACCAAGAAUUUCUCUUUAUGUCUUCCUGGACUCCACUUCCUGGAUGGAUUGUACCUCACCUAAAACUUAAUGUGACAUCACCAUGACUUCUUGCCCUGAUUGCCCAGAUUGGGGUCACUAAGGUCAGAGGUCAAGGCAAGAUUCAAAAUGAUAAGGAGGGAGAGGACCUGACACCUCCAGAGCAUCUCUUGUGUCCCAGACUCUGGGUUAAAACUUCAGGUGAGGGGAUCCCUGGGUGGCGCAGCGGUUUAGCGCCUGCCUUUGGCCCAGGGCGCGAUCCUGGAGACCCGGGAUCGAAUUCCACGUCGGGCUCCCGGUGCACGGAGCCUGCUUUUCCCUCUGCCUAUGUCUCUGCCUCUCUCUGUGUGUGUGUGUGACUAUCAUAAAUAAAUAAAAAUUAAAAAAAAAAAACUUCAGGUGGGUUAGGGAAGGACAACAGUUUCCAGCUAUGCAGGGUUUUAACCUUUCCGAUGCAUCCCCUAUUAUUGCCCGCGAUUAUCUCCCGACCCUGUGACAACAGGCAGAGCAAAUAUUGUUCUUCCUAUUUUAUAGAUAAAGUCUCUGCAUUUCAGAGACUGGUCUAAAGUCACACAGCUGUAUGUAGUGGAGUCAAGACUUGAAUUCAGGCCUUCUUAGUCAAAAAUCCCAUGAUCUGUCCAUUCAGAGCUCAGAGGAGCCUCUGGGGCAAGUCCUAGUUGCCCCUUGGGAGCCCCUGGCAAACACCGGAGUACACCACUGAGCCUGUCCAGCCCAGCCCUCUGCCUGGAGGUGGACACAGACCCUUGGGGACGGCUGCAGCAGGGUAGAGAGAAAAAGACAAAGGACACCAGGCUGGUUUCUGCCCUUGAAAAGCUCCCAGUGUGCAGGAGGAUGGAGGUCAGACACACCCAAAACCAGACAGCAGCAAGGUAGCAUGGAGGCAGGUGGACUGGCUUCCAGGUCCUCAAGCUGGGAAACAGAGAAGACUUUGAACUGAAGGGAAAAGGUGGCUGAGCACUGGGUCCCAGCAGCAUCCCUUCCCAGAUCCCCACUUUGUGCCGGAUGACUUUGUGCCUGCGAAUGUUGCUUUCCUGGUGUUUUGUAUCUUUAAGCUGUGAUCCUGUAUAUGUGCAGUGCCUCCCAGGCAAGACCGUAAGCCCUUUGGGGGCAGGGCUCCCUCCAGCUCUUGGAUGGCCUCCUCCUAUCUAUUCGCCUUCAUCUGUCUUGGCUAGCUCAGUGCACUGCAUAUAAUAAGCACUCAAUAAAUGCUCAUUUGCCAAUAA